AUGUCCGACACCGAAAAAGAUCAAGCCCCAGUGGAAGAAAAACCAAAAAGAGUUCCUGAAACUGAAGAAGAAAGAGCCGAACGUUUGGCAAAACAAGAAGAGAUUGAUUCUCGUUCAAUCUAUGUCGGUAAUGUCGAUUUUCAAUCCACCCCGGAACAAAUUGAAGAAUUUUUUCAUGAAGUAGGAAUAAUUGAACGUGUUACAAUCUUAUUUGAUAGAUUCACGGGAUUACCCAAAGGGUAUGCCUAUGUUGAAUUUGAAAAAUCUGAAAGUGUACAACAAGCCAUCGAACAAUUGAAUGGGAAAACAUUUAGAGGUAGGGAAUUAAGAGUUACAACAAAGAGGACUAAUUUACCAGGAUUUAGACAGAGAGGAGGAGGUCGAGGUGGUAGAGGUAGAGGUCGAGGCGGUAGAGGUAGAGGUGGUAGAGGUAGAGGUCGAGGCGGUAGAGGUAGAGGUGAAAGUUCCAGAGGUGGUGCUAAGAAUGAAGAUGAAACAAACGAAGGAGGUGAAGCACCUGCGCCUGCCAAAGAAGAUUAG